AUGCUGUGCCUGCUGAUCCUUUCGACGGUUUUCACGAUUGCAGAUGGCAGGGUGUGCUUGCCCGAUGCCGUUCCUGAAGAUCAGCGACAGAACAUCACGAUGAUGGGAAAGUCCAUGCCCCUGGGAGUUGCAGCUGGAAAUUGGGAUUCGGCACUCGCUGCCAGGGAUGUCUAUGCCAUUUUGGUUGAAGAGAUCCUUGGUUACAAUGCUGAGAUUCAACCUACACCUUCAACAGUUUCUACUCUCCGUCUUCUGGCUGGAUGCAAAGACAGUGAGGCGGAGAUUGAAAAUUGCAGCUUUCCACCAAUCGCCCACGUGGGAAUGGAACUUUGGGGAAGUAGCCUUCAGUCGGCAGCCAUGCUACAAAAACUGAAGCUGUUGGGAGAACGCAAUCCUGAGAUCCUGGGAAGCAUGGGCUACUGGGGCGUAGAAGGCAUGUACGUUCUCGGCAAAGCACGUCAAAGGGCCCUAGAUGAUGCUGGUCUUCAUUUGUCUUAUUAUGGCAACCUCAAUGCAUCAUGGUUCCAUCCGGAGAACUAUGCCGCCAACCUGACAGAAGUGAACUUCACUAACCUUCGAACAUGCGAUGGAUGGACUAAUGAUCCCCUCGGUGCGCAGCAAUACUUGGAAGCAACAGGUGAUGCUGAUGGUGUCGUGCAGGAAGACGGCAAGACCAAAUACAAGUGCUGGGAGAACAAAUGGUGGCUACCUCCCGCUUGCCGAGCAAGCCCGUGGAACUGCAUGUCACUCAUUACUGGAGGCACCGGCUGGGGCCUCGCAGAAUUGACGCAGCAAAUUUCCUCCCACAACAUGCCCAUGGCUUUUGCAGUGGCAACAGACAACGCGAAAUGGAGAGAGGAAAAUAAAAAGCUUCAAGGCUUUUUGUACUGGUGGAGCCCCGAUUCGUCGUUCGUGGCAUAUAGUCCAGCACUUGUUGAGAUGCCUCCAUGGAGCUUGUUCGAACACAAACAGGGAAUCUACAAAUCUCAGAUUGACCGCGUAGAGCUCCACAUGGCCGUCGCAAGAGGGCUUGAUGCUGUCGCAGAUCGAGCAUACGGCUUGGCACAAAAUCUUCACAUUUCUGACAGCAUCAUGAACGAGUUGCUGCUGACCAUGGUACAGUCAGCCACGCCUGACGACGAGCCGUGGCAGACGGCUUGCACUUGGCUCAGGGCAAACAGGAUUAUUUGGCAGGAAUGGGUGCCAGACAAGACAGUUUGCUCGGUCGGCAGGGGCCUCGUCGACUUGCAAGGAGAAUUUGUCACCGCGCGAGCUGAUGCUGUGGACUGUGCCAUUUGCCCUUCAGGGUAUGCCUCGACGGAGAUCAGUGAAACACGCGUGUGUUCGAAAUGCGAACCCGGCACGUAUCAACGCACCUUCGGAACUUCUGAGUGUAAUCCUUGUGACCUUGGCCACAUUGCCCCAUCAGAAGGCUCCGCUGAGUGUGAACAGUGCGGCCUCGGAGAGUACGCCAACGCCACCGGGAUGAGUCUGUGCCACCGGUGCGGCAUGGGCAGCGGAGAGGAGCACUUGUGGACCACAAGCCGGGAGAUCAACUCAGGGGGAGAAGUCGUGGUGAUUCAGCUGCUUGGGGCCGUGUCGCAAUCCUUCUGCACUUGUGGGGCUGGCACCUUCUUGUGGGACGGCCGCUGCCAGGUGUGCAUGGAGGGCUCCAGCUGCCCUGGGUCCAAUCGUUUGGAGCUGCUGCCGGGCUACUUUUCUUCGCCAGAGGCGCCGGGGGAGAUCUACAACUGCUUUGACGAGCGUGUUUGCCCAGGUGGGCCUCCUGGAACAUGUGCUCAGGGACGUGAUGCUUCAAGCGUGGCCUGCGCACGUUGUCAGGAUGGAUUUCAGGAAAGGGGGGCAGAGAAGACCUGUGACCCUUGUCGGGAGGGCGACUACGCAUUCUUCUUCCUGGUGAUCUGCACUCUUGUAGGUGGAGUUGGGCUGUUGCACAUUGUGCUGAUGAAUGAGACCGCUUCGAACCAGAGGACUUCGCUCUUGGUGGUGUUCUCCAGCCUGACGCAGUUCAUUACCGUCGUCCAGAUGCUGUCGGUGCUGCGGCGCUUCGGCAUCGAUUGGAGAGAGCCUUUCGCCAGCGUUUUGAUCUUUUUGGAGAUUCUGAGCUUUGACUUUGAUAUGCUCUCAAUCAACUGUGUCACCAGCUUGAGCCCAGUCGCCACUUUCAGCUUUCGAGCUCUCAUCAUCCCGCUGCUAAUGUUCAUGGCACUGGUGGUGCAUUUGUGCUACCUCCUGUGUUCGCGUUCUUCCACCUUCAAGUUCAACUCCUUGCUGAGGACCAUGGGAAGCAUUUUCCUGAUCCUUUUCAUUGUUCUGUGGUCCAUGCUGCUGGCGCCAUUCCAAUGCAACCAGCAUCCCAAUGGAAAGAUGACCAUGAAGCGAUACAAGACGGUGUUCUGUGAUGGCAACGGCGAACACAUGGAGAUGUUCAUCAUGGGAGGUUUGGCAAGCAGCAUGCCAGUGAUCUUCUUGGCGCUUUGCAUUUGGGCUGUGGUCAUUGAGCUUCCCAAACGUGUGGCAAGGUCUGACACUCACUUCCUCAUAACUUGCUCUUUCCUCACCAAGCGCUUUCGACCGGGCAUGGAGAUGGCAUCAAUCGUUUUGCUGCUGAGAAAUGCAUUGGUGGUGAUGUGCCCUCUCGUGACGACAACAGCUGGGCAGCUGAUGCUGAUGGGCGUGAUCUUGUACCUGAACUUGGCCUGGGUGGCCUAUUUCAAGCCUUGGCGCUUCCCGAUAUGCAAUUUGCUUGACGUGGCACUCCUUGGUGGAAUGCUGGUGAUUCUUCAGAUGGGCUCCAUCACGGUGGACAAUUCACAUCCGGAAGCAAGCAUGUUCGUCGUGAUGACUUUUAUCGUCUUCAUGGCCUUAGCUGUGUUGGCAGCGGUCGGCAGCGGACUCUACCGAUACUUCCAACAGAAAUUCAAGAAGCAGUUUAGAUUCUUCACUUGCCACCAGAAGAAUGCCGCGGGAUCCAUGGCGCGGCUUCUCAAGAUGGAACUUGAAGCUCGCUUGCCACGGACUAAGACAUUCAUUGACUGUGAUGACCUCAAUGAUCUCACGCGACUCUUCAGCUAUGUGGGCCAGGACACGGAAACCUUCUUGGUGCUUUGCAGUCCGGCCAUCCUGACCCGAAAGUGGUGCGUGGGUGAGAUGGUGACUGCUCGGGCCAAUCGAGUCUCGACCCUGCUGCUCACAUGGCCUGACUUCACCUUGCCGGACGAGACCUUCAUUGAGAAUUAUGUGAGGGUGGUUCUCGACAUCGUGGAGCUCACCAAGUAUAACAUUAGCAUCUCAGAUGUCGAGGAGACUUUUAAGUGGCUUUGUGCCCAGAACCACGUGGCCAUGCCGGAACAGCUUUCGACCAUGACCGUGAACUUUGUCCUCUCAGACUUGAUCGCAGAAAGCACACCGAAGAAAAAGGAACCGGUCAGUGGGCGGACACGGGGGAAGUCCUUGUUUGGAGGUCAAGUGGAUACUGGCUUCCCUAUUCUAGCUGAUCCAUUUGAUACUGAAUCUGUGGCCACUGGUAUGGUCCUUGCGACCUUGCUGAAGCCACGGCUUUUGGGCACGGACCUCCCACUUCCUGCCGUGCUACCCUUAGGCGAACAGGUCUCCGAGAAUGCCAGGCGAUCGUUGGUGAUUUGCAGCAAGGACUGCUUCAAAUCGGAGCACAUACAGACAUGGCUCCUGCAGGCCUGCAGCUGCCCAGGGUGCUGUAUGAUUCCGGUCAUUGCAGAGGAUGCCUUUAUGAUGCCUUCAGAUGCCUUCUUUACCGAGCUUGCCAGCAAAUCAGUGCUGGAUGAGCAGCAGCUGCAGCUGUAUGUGACUGUGAUCAAAGCCCUCUUCCAGGAGAUUGCCGUCGUCUUCGUUCCACAAAGCUACUCCUCGACGCAGGAUGAUCUGGAGCUCCGUGCGAGCCAGGCGGCCUUGAGGCUUACAGCCACUCUUCAACCUCUAGGAGAAAAGGCGCAGAAGCUGGCGAAGCAGCUGAGCCUCAGGCGUUGUUCGUGCUGGAAGAUCAUGGAUUGUACUAACGAAACACCCGACCCUGGCCGCGCGACCCGGGGUCGAGAGUCAGCCAUGGCCGCCGCCGAGAUUCCGAAAAUGAUUGCCUCCAAGCUCCUACAAGGCUGGUGCAUGCUGAACAAAUCCUGCGAGAAGGACUUGGCCCCGCUGCUGAGAUCACGGGACGGACAGGAGCUGUGCGUGGCUUGCGAGAUCCGAGCGGCCGUUGCAGAAGGUCCGCCUCCAGUGAGAUGUUUCUUGCCAGAGGUUGCUGCACCAGAGCCGGAGAGAACAGAGGAUGUAGCAGCAGUGACAGGCUCGACUUCUCCACUCCUUAGAAAACAAGAGGUGCUAGGGAGCGCGCUUUGGGAAGUCACUGCAAAGGGCCCGGCGAUGAAAUUCUGUUGCACUAGGCUAGUCUCACAAAAUGGCCAACGACCUCGGCUUGUUGCUGACAGCUUUGCAGUGAAGGUUCGCCUUGGCGCUGCUGUCGGUGUGGACUCUUUUGCACUGCAAGAGGCCACAGCUGUUGCAUGCAGGACGCUGAUGCACAAGAUCAUGCUGCCGAAACCUGCUGGUGGUAGCCCAGAGAUCCGCGCAGCCAAUGGGCAAAUGUCAGUGAUACACAAUGACAAAACCAUUUUCAGCUUUCCAGAGGAGGAUUGCCAGCAAGUGCCUCACACCCGUGUGACGCCUGAAAGCUUAGCGGCGAUUGUGUGGGAAGAGCUCGACAAGUCCACAAUGCAGUCUCUCAAGCGAGCGGCUGACCUAACUGAAGCUUCUUGUCAGCCAUGGUGGUUGGAAGUGUCUCUCAUCGAUGGCAAUGGCCAAGAGACAGCCAUGCGACGAGAACUGCAGCAUAUGCCUGCAGGAAUGCUUUGGUUGUUGAUUUAUUCGGCGGCUUUCUUUAUUGCAAAUGGCAGAGUUUGCUUGCCCGAUGCAGUUCCUGAAGAUCAGCGACAGAACAUCACGAUGAUGGGGCAGUCCAUGCCCAUCGGGGUUGCAGCCGGAAAUUGGGAUUCGGUACUCGUUGCGAGGGAUGUCUAUGACAUUUUGGUGAACGAGAUCCUUGGUUACAAUACUGUGAUUUUGCCUUCACCAGGAACGAUUUCUACUCUCCGUCUUCUGGCUGGAUGCAAAGACAGUGAGGCGGAUGCCGUUGAGAAUUGCAGCUUUCCACCAAUCGCUCACGUGGGAAUGGAACUUUGGGGAAGCAGCCUUCAGUCGGCAGGCAUGCUUGAAAAACUGAAGCUGUUGGGAGAACGCAAUCCUGAGAUCCUGGGAAGCAUGGGCUACUGGGGCCUGGAAGGCAUGUACGUUCUCGGCAAAGCACGUCAAAGGGCCCUAGAUGAUGCUGGUCUUCAUUUGUCUUAUUAUGGCAACCUCAAUGCAUCAUGGUUUCAUCCGGAGAACUAUGCCGCCAACCUGACAGAAGUGAACUUCACUAACCUUCGACCCUGUGAUGGAUGGACCAAUGAUCCCCUCGCCGCGCAGCAAUACUUGGAAGCAACAGGUGAUGCUGAGGGUGUUGUACAGCAAGGUGGCACGACCAAAUUCAAGUGCUGGGAAAACAAAUGGUGGCUACCUCCCGCUUGCCGAGCCAACCCGUUUCACUGCAUGUCACUCAUCACUGGCGGCAACGGCUGGGGCAUCGGGGAAUUGACGCAGCAAAUUUCCUCCCACAACAUGCCCAUGGCUUUUGCAGUGGCAACAGACAACGCGAAAUGGAGGGAGGAAAAUAAAAAGCUUGGAGGUUUUUUGUAUUGGUGGAACCCCGAUUCGUCGUUCGUGGCAUAUAAUCCAGCACUUGUUGAGAUGCCUCCAUGGAGCUUGUCCGAAUACAAUCAGGGAAUCUACAACUCUCAGAUUGACCGCGUAGAGCUUCACAUGGGCAUCGCAAGGGGGUUUGAUGUUGUGGCAGAUCGAGCGUACGGCUUGGCACAGAAUCUUCACAUUUCUGACAGUAUCAUGAACGAGUUGCUGCUGAUCCUGGUGCAGUCAGUCACGCCGGACGAGGAGCCAUGGCAGACGGCUUGCACUUGGCUCCGGGCCAACCGGAUUCUUUGGCAGGAAUGGGUGCCAGACAAGACAGUCUGCUCGGUCGGCAGGGGCCUUGUCAACUUGCAAGGAGAAUUUGUCACUUCGCGAGCUGAUGCUGUGGACUGUGCCAUUUGUCCCGCAGGGCAUGCUUCCAUGGAGAUCAGUGGCACACGGGUGUGUUCCAAAUGCCCAUCCGGCACAUACCAAAGCACCUUUGGAACUUCGGAGUGUAUUUUGUGCGAGCUUGGCACUAUUGCUCCACUCGAAGGCUCCACUCACUGUGAACAGUGCGGCCUCGGAGAAUACGCCAACACCACCGGGAUGAGUCGGUGCCACCCGUGCGGCAUGGGCAGCGGAGAGGAGCACUUGUGGACCACAAGCCGGGAGAUCAUCUCAGGGGGAGGAGUCGUGGUGAUUCAGCUGCUUGGGGCCGUGUCGCAAUCCUUCUGCGCCUGUGGGGCUGGCACCUUCUUGUGGGACGGCCGCUGCCAGAUGUGCAUGGAGGGCUCCAUUUGCCCUGGGUCGAACCGUUUGGAGUUGAAGCCUGGCUUCUUUUCUACGCCAGAGGCGCCUGGUGAGGUCUACAAUUGCUUUGAUGAGCGAAUUUGUCCAGGCGGGCCUCCCGGAACGUGCAGUCAGGGGCGGGAUGCUUCAACUGUGGCCUGUGCACAUUGCCAGGACGGAUUUCAGGAAACUGGAGAUAGGACCUGCGAGCCUUGUAGAAAUAGUGACUAUGCCUUUAUCGCUGUGGUGGUGCUUGUGGUUGUGUGUGGAGUUGGGGCGUUGCACAUAACUCUCAUGAAUGAGACUGCUUCGAAGGGGAGCUCCUUGUUGGUGGUCUUCUCCAGCCUGACGCAGUUCAUUACCAUUGUGCAGAUGCUCUCCGUCCUCCGUCGCUUCGACAUUGAUUGGAGGGAGCCUUUUGCCAGCGUCUUGGUCCUCUUGGAAGUUCUCAGCUUCGAUGUCGAUAUGCUCUCAAUGAAUUGCGUUGCAAGCCUGAACUCCGUGGCCCUCUUUGGCUUCCGAUGCCUCAUGAUCCCUAUGCUCAUGUUCAUUGCACUCGUAGUGCAUUUGUGCUACCUCCUUCGUACACGCUCAUCCACCUUCAAGCUGGGCAAGUUGCUCAGGACGAUGGGAAGCAUAUUCCUAAUCCUUUUCAUCGUUCUUUGGUCAAUGAUUCUGGCACCCUUCCAAUGCAAUGAGCACCCCAAUGGGAUGCUAACCAUGAAGAGAUACAAGACGGUGUUCUGUGAUGGAGAGGGCGAGCACUUGGAGAUGUUCAUCCUGGGAGGUUUGGCCUCCUGCAUGCCUCUCUUCUUCUUGGCGCUUUGCGUGUGGAUUGUGGUCAUGGAACUUCCCCGACGCGUGGCGAGGAAAUGCAUUUGUGGUUAUGUGCCCUCUAGUGACCUCAACAGCCGGACAGCUGAUGAUGAUGUGCAUCAUUUUGUAUGCGAAUUUGACCUGGGUGGCCUACUUCAAGCCUUGGCGGUUUCCGAUCUGCAAUUGGCUUGA